AUGCCUUCCAAACAGAGCCAGUUAGCUGGUUCUUACAGUUAUGAAAGCUCUGUGGAAGGAGCCUCAAAGAGCAGCCCCAAGCCAGCUCCGAAUCCGUUCUUUAUUCCAUUAAACGUCGGCUUCUACGCAUUCCUGCUCGCAAACACACUCGCAGCCUCCCUUGCACCCAUACAAGACUGCGAUGAGGUCUUCAACUACUGGGAGCCAACACACUACCUAGUCCAUGGAUAUGGUCUCCAGACUUGGGAGUACUCGCCUGAGUACUCCAUUCGUAGCUGGCUCUACGUCUCCCUCCAUGCUGGUAUAGCCAAGAUAUCUACUCUCGUUACGCAAUCGAAAACAGCACAGUUCUAUUUCGUCAGAAUGGCGCUUGCAUUCAUAUGCGCCGCUUGCGAAACGAGGAUAUUCGCGGCCAUCUCACGAACACUCCAUCCGCGAAUUGGAGUCAUAUUCGUGACGAUCUUGGUAUUCAGUCCCGGGAUGUUCCAUGCAUCCACUGCAAUGCUACCAUCCAGCUUUACGAUGUACACCUCGAUGCUCGGCAUCUCUGCGUUCAUGGACUGGCGCGGAGGUCUAAACACAGGUCGUGGUAUUAUGUGGUUCGGCAUUGGAGCUAUCGUCGGAUGGCCAUUUGCCGGCGCUCUUGUGGUAUCCUUUUUAUUAGAGGAGGUUCUCAUUGGAUACGUUUCCGAAUUCCUACACCGAACCUUAAUUCGAUUUACUGAAGGUGUCAUAAAGUGUCUGAUAGUUUUAGUUCUCGAGGUUGUGACUGAUAGCUUGUUUUACCGGAAACUCGUCGUCGUUCCGUGGAAUAUCGUAUCAUAUAACGUGUUUGGUGGCAGCAACAAGGGCCCCAAUAUUUUCGGAACCGAAACUUGGACAUUUUAUUUUCGAAAUCUGCUGCUCAAUUUCAACAUAUGGUUUCUGCUAGCUCUCUCCGCAGCUCCUCUCCUCAUUUUACAAACAGUCUUCCGACCACGCGAUACGUCCAAGCAAACGAUACUGCGAACGGUAGCCUUGCUUUUACCCUUUUACAUAUGGUUCGGUAUAUUUACGAUCCAGCCUCAUAAGGAAGAACGCUUCAUGUACGCAGCCUAUCCUUUCUUAGCUUUGAACGCGGCAAUUGCGUUCCACAACAUUCUCGCCUAUCUCGGUUCGAGUAAUCGCAAAGAAUUUAUUGGCCGUGUGCCACGAAAGGUGAAACUCGCAAUCGCUCUCAUGCCUGUGCUCCUCGCUACGAAUAUAAGUCUCCUAAGAACUUUGGGGAUUGUUACUGCAUACAGCGCUCCGCUUCAGCUUUUCCAGCCGUUAGAAAACCCCGAGGUAGCAGCCCAUGGGGAUCAUGUGUGCUUUGGAAAGGAGUGGUACCGUUUCCCAUCAUCAUUCUUCUUGCCUGACAAGAAAAGAGCCAAGUUCAUUAAAAGUGAGUUCAAUGGACUGCUUCCCGGCGAAUUUACCACAGAAGCAGACGGCCGAGGCCCACGGCCAGGGACGUGGAUGGUGCCCUCUGGGAUGAACGACCAAAAUCAAGAAGACCCAGGGAAAUACCAGAUCAAUAUCUCGCAGUGUAAUUUCCUUGUCGAUUCAUACUUUCCAGGAGACGAGGCAUCUGCCCUACAGCCCAACUACGUUCUCGACAAAUCCACGUGGGAAGAGAUUUCGUGCAGGAGAUUCCUUGACACCAAGAGAACGAGUCUCCUGGGUCGAAUAAUUUGGAUACCCGACCUUCCCUUCAUUCCAGAGAAACUCCAACGCAAAUGGGGACGAUAUUGUCUUCUUAGACGACGAAAUCCUGAUACCAGCCCGUGA